AUGCUAGGAAAAGUAGCAAAAAAGCAUAUUUUUCUACCAGAAAAUAUCCCAUUAAAUUUAAAUCAAGAGCUUAUAAACAAAAUUGGGAUAAACCAAUAUUCUCAACCUACCAAAGCUUUUAAAGAGCCUCUAGAUUUUGUAUGAACUAUAUAGAAUGAUGCAAGAAAUAGCCAAAAUAGCAAAUGAUCACAAGAAAAGCUAGAUAAAGGGAUCACAAUAGCCACAGAACUUGAAGACUUGCCAAGAGCUAUAAAAUAUUAUAAUGAUGCGAUUCAAUUAAACAGAGACAAUAAAGAUGCUUAUAAGGUCAGGGCUAUUGCUUACUCCCAACAAGGGAAGUAUGAAGAUUCCAUCAGCGACUUCCAAAAAGUCUUGAAACUUGACCCAGACGAUUCUCAAGCCCAAGAAGCCUUGCUAAAAGUUGAAGACAAAAUAAAAGAGAAGCAGCAUAAAAGAAUGCUGAUGACUUUUGGUUACGAGCUAAAAAACGCAAAACAAUACAACCAAGGGAACGAGCAUCUUCUAGUAUACUCUCCAAAGCCUAGGAAAAUUAAAAAAUAG